CCAUCAUCUUUUUCUCAAAUCACUAUUUGACCCAUCUCCUCAUUGUCACUACCACCACAAAGUCACUUUUGUGCACACACACUCACACCUACUCUCUUCUCCUAUCUUCUUCUAUCAUUCAUCUCUACUUAUUCAUACACACUUAAUUCAUAUCUGGAAACUACAAGUAAUUCAUUCCGGGUUUUGUAACUUCAAUUAUAAGUUUUAUGUCCAUUGGUAAUGGCUCCUAAAGCUGGGAAAACAAAACCACACAAGAGUAAAGGAGAUAAGAAGAAGAAGGAAGAGAAAGUUUUGCCUAUUGUCAUCGAGAUAAGUGUUGAAACACCAGACGAAUCCCAAGUGACUCUCAAGGGGAUCUCUACGGACAGAAUCUUAGAUGUGAGGAAGCUCUUAGCAGUCCAUGUUCAGACAUGCCACUUCACCAACUUCUCCCUCUCUCACCAGGUGCGUGGCGCUAGACUUAAAGACUCCGUUGACAUCGUAUCACUCAAACCCUGCCACCUCACCAUCGUCGAAGAGGAUUAUACGGAGGAGCAAGCCACCGCGAACAUACGGCGGCUCCUCGACAUCGUCGCGUGCACCACCGCCUUCGGUUCAUCAAAAUUGCCGGUAACUCGCUCAUCUCCCAAGGAACCAGGUUCGAGCGAGGAUGCCGGUGAUUCAGGCUCCAAUCUCAGCCCUAAACCUAACGAAUCGGAGAAGAAACUCGUCGGAGGAGGCUGCGAAGCUUCUCAGGCGGCGGAAGGAGUGGAUAAGGGCGAAAUCAACAUGUGUCCACCGAUUCGUCUUGGUCAAUUUUACGAAUUCAUCUCCUUCUCCCACCUCACUCCACCGAUCCAAUAUAUCAGAAGGUCUGUUCGUGCUUUGAUUGAAGAUAAAGGAGUAGAUGAUUUGUUCCAAAUCGAUGUUAAAGUUUCAAGUGGAAAGCCUAUCACUGUUGUUGCUUCAAGAAAAGGUUUUUUCCCAGCUGGGAAGCAGCAGCUUCUGUGUCAUUCUUUGGUUGAGCUGCUUCAACAGAUAAGCAGACCAUUUGAUGCGGCUUAUGAUGCUCUUAUGAAAGCUUUCAUUGAGCAUAAUAAAUUUGCGAACCUUCCUUAUGGUUUCCGGGCAAACACUUGGGUCGUUCCUCCGGUUGUUGCGGAUUGCCCUUCUACUUUUCCGUCACUUCCAGUGGAGGAUGGGACCUGGGGAGGAGACGGCGGUGGGGCGUGCCGGGAUGGUUUGUAUGAAGGAAGAAAGUGGGCAAUGGAUUUUGCGGUUUUGGCAGCGAUGCCUUGUAAAACAUCUGAAGAGAGACAGGUUCGAGAUAGGAAGGCCUUUCUACUACACAGCCUAUUCGUCGAUGUGUCAGUUUUCAAGGCAGUGGAAAUAAUAAAGAAUUUGGUUGAGAGUAAUCAAUGCUUUUCGAAGGAUCCUGCUGCGUUGGCUAUCCAUGAAGAAAGAGUAGGUGAUUUGAUCAUAAGGGUGACUAGAGAUGAUCCUGAUGCGAGUGCCAAGCUUGACAGAAAGAGUGAUGGGACUCGGGUUCUAGAGAUCUCUCAGGAAGAACUUGCACAGAGGAAUUUGCUUAAAGGGAUCACUGCUGAUGAGAGUGCGACGGUUCAUGAUACGUCUACCUUGGGUGUGGUGGUUGUCAGACAAUGUGGUUUCACAGCCAUUGUAAAGGUUGCUGCUGAAUAUAGCUUGGAAGGGGGCCAAAUCCCAGAGGAUAUAGACAUCGAAGACCAAUCAGAUGGAGGUGCAAAUGCACUGAAUGUUAAUAGCUUGAGAACUCUAUUGCACAAGUCGUCUACCCCUUCAGGAAUACCGCAGAGAUCACCGAAUGCUGACUCAGAACAAAUACGUGUUGCUAAGUCCCUUGUGAGGAAAGUAUUUGAGGAUAGUAUUCAAAAAUUGGAGGCUGAACCCUCAAGAAAUACCAAGCCUAUAAGGUGGGAAUUAGGAGCCUGUUGGGUGCAACAUCUGCAAAAUGAAGCUUCAAGUAAAAGUGAGUCUAAGAACACUGAAGAUGCUAAACCUGAACCACCUGUUAAGGGUCUUGGAAAGCAAGGUGCACUGCUAAAGGAGAUAAAAAGGAAGAUUGAUGUGAAAGCUAACAAGACUGAACAGGGCAAGGAUUCUCUUGCUAACACGGUUGAAAAUGACAAUAAAUCAGAAACCGAGGAUCAGAAGGAACUUGAGAAACAAAAUGAGGAAAUGGAAAAGAUGUGGAAAGAACUGGUGACAGAAGCUGCAUAUCAGCGUCUUAAAGAAUCAGAAACUGGAUUUCAUCUCAAGUCACCCAGGGAGCUGAUUGAAAUGGCCCGCAAAUACUACACUGACACCGCUCUUCCGAAACUGGUUGAGCUGGCUGAAAAGCUCCCUCAUGUGCAAUCCCUUUGUAUUCAUGAAAUGAUUGUUCGGGCAUACAAGCAUAUACUGCAGGCUGUUGUAGCAGCUGUUGAAAACACUGCUGAUUUGGCCAUUUCAAUAGCAUCAUGCUUAAAUGUUCUAUUGGGAACACCGUCUGACACUGAGAGUGAAUAUGAUGAGAAGAUAAAAUGGACUUGGGUUGAAACGUUCAUGUCCAAGAGGUUUGGGUGGGACUGGAAGCAUGAAGGUUGCCAGGAACUGAGAAAAUUCGCCAUUCUUAGAGGACUGUCACACAAGGCUACCAUUUAUCAGCAGAAAGCACUUGACAUAAAUGAAAGGGAACUUGGACUUGAUCACCCAGACACAAUGAAAAGUUAUGGCGACCUGGCUGUCUUCUAUUAUCGUCUUCAACAUACAGAGUUAGCUUUGAAGUAUGUUAACCGUGCAUUGUACCUUCUGCAUCUAACAUGUGGACCGUCACAUCCAAAUACUGCUGCCACUUAUAUUAAUGUAGCGAUGAUGGAAGAAGGUUUGGGGAAUGUCCAUGUGGCUCUAAGAUACCUUCAUGAAGCGUUGAAAUGUAAUAAGAGACUACUUGGAGCUGAUCAUAUCCAGACUGCAGCAAGCUACCAUGCCAUUGCUAUCGCUCUUUCGCUGAUGGAAGCAUACUCCUUGAGCGUGCAACAUGAGCAGACCACUCUACAGAUUCUACAAGCAAAAUUAGGCCUUGAGGAUCUUCGGACACAGGAUGCGGCUGCGUGGCUUGAGUAUUUUGAGUCUAAAGCUCUGGAACAGCAAGAAGCUGCGCGAAAUGGUACUCCCAAGCCAGACGCCUCUAUUUCCAGCAAAGGCCAUCUCAGUGUAUCAGACCUGCUGGAUUAUAUUGCCCCGGAUACCGAUCUUAAGGCAAGGGACGCCCAAAGAAAAGCUCGCCUGAAGGUCAAGGGAAGACCAGGACAAAGUCCAGCACCUGUGUCAGAAGAAACUCAGAAAGAUGAUGAAAUUCCGACUCCGACUCCUGUCACUGGAGAGAGUUCAAGUGAUAAAGAGAAUAAAUCCGAAGCAAAAUCUGAAGAAACAAAAGUUGAUAAACGUGAUACGAAACCUCAGGAUCAGCUGACGGUGGUUAAGCUAGAAUCCACGGUCCAAGAGGAUGACUUCUCUGACGAAGGAUGGCAAGAAGCUGUCCCGAAAAAUCGUUAUCCUUCUGGGCGUAGAACCCGUCCCAGCCUGGCAAAGCUGAACACAAGCUUCACAAACGUGAACCAGCAGACAUCAAAAAGCAGAGGAAAACACACCAGUUUCGCGUCCCCUAGGACUAGUCCAAAUGAGAUUUCGAUAUCUGCUGCUGGUUCUACUUCCCAGCACACGAAGAAGGCUUUGAAGAGCCCUAGUUUGAAUAGAAAGCAAAACAGUUCCAAUAUAGCGGGAGAAAAGCCAGUUAGCAAUAAAUCAGCCACCGAACAGAUCAACAAGCCAACUCCUAUAGUGAGUCCUGUGACUGUCCAGGCUGGAAAACUGUUUUCCUAUAAGGAGGUUGCACUGGCACCCCCUGGAACAAUAGUGAAAUUAGUUGCGGAGCAGUUGACAGAAGAAACGACUGCCCCAGAGACUUUGGACACGGUCGAAGUUGAAAUAGAUGGUCCUGAGAAAGUUAAGGCUGAGGAGGAUGAGAGUGAAGAUAAGCAUGUGGAUACAGGAAAAGAAGCGAAAUUUGCUGAUAGCAACGAACAAGAAGGGGUUGCUAUUGGUGGAUCAAAGUUGAUGAGUUCGCCAGAGGAUAUCAAGGCUGAAAAGACAGCAGAAAAAGGAUCUCCAACAGAGACAGCGGUUUCAGAUGCAAGUCAAGGAGUAUCUGAAAGUGUACAAACAGCAAAAGAUUCAAAUGGAAGUGAACCAGUAAUCGGAGUGAAGCAACAGAAAGAUGCAUCUGGUGCUGAAACGAAAGCAGUAGAUGGUGAAACUGAACAUCUCCUUAAUGGAGAAUCAAGCCCGAAAUCAUCAGUAGUUGCAGAUGGAGAAAAGCAAGAAGCAUGCGAGGCACAAAAAGAGAUGAGCAAGAAGCUCUCUGCUUCUGCACCUCCCUAUACCCCGACGACCAUUCCAAUUUUUGGAUCAAUUACAGUUCCAGGAUUCAAAGACCAUGGGGGAAUCCUUCCCUCCCCAGUGAAUAUCCCACCGAUGCUUCCUGUAAACCAUGUACGCAGGUCAAUUCCUCAUCAGUCUGUAACAGCUCGUGUUCCCUAUGGGCCUAGGCUCUCGGGUGGUGGUUACAACCGAUCUGGAAACAGGGUUCCUCGUAACAAGCCAAUCUUCCCCACUAGCACUGAGUCUAAUGGCGAGGCUAAUCUGUUCAUUGGCCCAAGAAUAAUGAACCCUCAUGCGGCUGAGUUCAUACCGAGUCAACCAUGGGUUUCUAAUGGAUAUCCAGUGUCACCAAACGGCUAUCUGGUAUCACCAAAUGGGACGGAAAUAACACAGAAUGGCUACCCGUUGUCGCCGAUAGCAGGUACAUAUCCGUCCGCACCGCCUCAGAAUGGACAUAGUAUACCUGCACCAGUGGCUUUAGAGGAGUUACCUGGUACUGAAAGCCUUGAGGAGACGAGUGGUGGUGAAGAAGAGAGCAACAACGAGAAGAAAGAUGCAGAGGAUGAAGAAGUCAUUGCACAAGAAAGUAAAGAAACACCUGAAAAUGGACACUCGGCAGUAGGUGAAGAGAAACCCAUAGAACAAGAGAUAUCUGAUGAGAAUUGA